CGCGCCACCUCGGCCAAGUUCGUCCGAACGCCCACCGUCAAAAAGAUAGGUUAGGUAUCGAAAAAACUCGUGUUUUGAUGUGAAAUGUGAACAGAAAAUCGAAUUUACCUCAAAUUAAUCUGUUGUUGAGGAUUGAUACGGUAAAAUCCACGGUUCGAGAAAAUGUUUUCCAUCUCGGAUCCGCGCAACAAUCCUCUUCUAGCGUCCCUAAAAAUACAAGCUACCGAUCGGAUAAUAUCCGUUAGAGAAACGGGCAACAUCGAUUCCAAUUUCAUUCUAACGCACUUAAUCAAACAAGUUUUUCAUGAGCACAAUAAGCUGUUAUUAGUCAGCUUGCACAACACUUUGGAUCAUUACCAAACUGUGGGUAGAAAAUUGGGAUACGAUUUGAAGAGGAACAUCACCGAAGAUAAAGCAGAUAUUCUCGAACCGUUGGACGAUAUUGCGUUUAGACUUAUAGAAGGUGAAUUUCUAGAUGACAAAGAAGAAAUAGUCAAGUGCCUUUUUAGAGAUAUACAAAGCAAGAUCGCCGCACUCUCCCUGAACAGCAAAGAAAAGCUAAUAUACCUCGUUAUUGACGACCUGAGCCAUUUAUUGGAUUUGGGUGUUGACAUACCUUACAUCAUUUCAUUUAUUAAUUAUUGUAAUACUCUGGUAGAUACUGAAAACGUGGCAAUUGUCAUCAAUACUCAUGUAUGUAACAAAAUCGACGAGAUAAUUUCCAACACGUUACAGUAUGUAUCUGAUGUACAUAUUGAAGUAGCUCCUUUAAAAACUGGCCUGUGCAACGAAGUUACUGGUGUUAUUAACAUUGAAAGGGUGUCCGGAAAGAGCCAAUAUCAAUACAAGGCAUUCGAUAGAGGCGUUAGAACUUUCCACCCUGGACAAGCCAUUUACCAUCUCUACAAAUAAUCUGAAAUCCAUUUUUAAGUUGCUAAUUCAUCCAAAGUGCUUUUAACUUGUUAAUUUUAGCACCGUAAGUGUUCAAAUGAUAAACAUGAGUGCAAAGAACUGUUUUAAAGAGCUGUUAAUGUACAUUUGUUAUAAUCUAGUUUUAUACUUUUGCACUCAUUUUUUAAUGCAACUAAACUUAAUAAACAAACAAGUCUUCCUAUUUUAACACUUUAUACACAUUUAUGUUUGAACUAUUUUUACAGAAUUGUACUUAGGCCGUUUUCGUAAUAAGGUAUGCUUACUUUUUAGAAAUUUUGUUAAUUUUUUUUUUUUUUUUUGAUUUACAUAUAUUUGAAGUAGCUUGUUAUCUUAGUUAUGUAUAGUUUAUAUUUAAAGCAGUACAUUAUUGCUUUUAUUUGUACUUUAUUUUGGUAAAUAAAAGUUAAAUAAAUAAUU